AUGCCCGCAGCAAAGACGCAGGCUAGCAAUCGUGGUGGAGGUCGCACACGUUCCGGGGACAGCCGCAGCAGCUCGGCUUACGCAUCGCGCCACCAGGCAGCAGAGCAGCGGCGUCGCACGCGCAUCAACGAGCGCCUCGACUUGCUGCGCAAGCUGGUGCCGCAUGCAGAGCGCGCUAACACUGCCUCUUUCUUGGAGGAGGUCAUAAAGUACAUAGAUCACCUCAAGAAGCGCAACCUGGACCUAGAGCGCGCCCUCCGUGCUGCAACCACCACGGGCGGCGGCGCGGGCCGCGGCGCGAGCGGCGACGCUGCGCCGUCCGUCGGCGCGUGCGAGGCGCCGCCGCCGAGGGCCGCGCGCGCGACGGCGCCGGGUGGCGCGGCAGCGGGCUUUGGCAGUACGGCGGCGGCGGAGCUGGGCCCGGAGCAGGUGCUGCAGUACCAGCAGCAGCAACAGCAGCAGGAGGAGCAGCAGCGGCAGCUGGCCGAGGAUGCGCCCGUGCCCAUGGCCGCGCCGCUGCCGCUGCCGCUGCCUCUGCCCCUGCCCCUGCCGCCGACGCUCGACCUGGAGCGGCUCGCGGGCGCGCUGCUGCCGCCGCCGCAGCAGCAGCAACAGGCGUCAGCCGGCGGUCUGGAGCCGCUGUCGCAGGCGCUGCUGCAGGGCGCCCUCGCAAACCCUGCGCUGCUGGCCAACCCCGUUGCGCUGCAGCAGCUGCUCGCCGUGCACUCGCUGGCGCAGCAGCAGCAGCGGGAGCGGGAGCAGCAGCAGCAGGCGCAGCAGCAGCAGCUGGCCGCGCAGCUGCUGCUGCAGCACCUGCAGCAGCAGCAGCUCGAGCAGCAGCGGCGGCAGCAGCAGCAGACGCAGCAGCUGCUGCAGCAGCACUCGCAGCAGCAGCAGACGCAGCGGUCGAGCGGCGGCGGCGGCAGCAGCGGCGCCGCAGGCGGCAGCACCCGCACUUUUGGGGAGACGCUGCCCCCAGAGCUUCUGCAGCUGCUGCGCGAGGCGGCGCCGCGGACGCCGCCUGCCGUGCCGGGCCUGGCGACCUCCCUAGAUCUGACGGCCCUGUCCAGCCUCACGGCCGCCGCCUCGGGCGACCCCGCCGGCGUCGGAGCCGCGCCGCUCGCGCAGCUCGCCGCUCAGCCCGCCGCAGCCGGCUGCGCGCUGGCCGCCGCGGCGGGCGCGAAGCGCGGCGCGCCGGCGUUUGCGGCGCCGGGCGCAGGCAGCGAGGAGCAGGACAGCGCGGGCGCGCCCAAAAAGCGGCAGGCGCUGCAGCAGGCCUGA